CCUCGCCUUCGUUUCUGUAGUGAGUCAUCUCAACGAGUGAGACGAUCUUAUUGUGGGUCAAAGCCAAAAGUGGGCGCGGCCGCAUCACUUGUUUGAUUGCUUCUUUCGCGGAAGUAACCCACUUGUCGCCUCAUCUUCAAGAUGACUUGUGUAACUUUCUUUUGUUUGCUCUAAAAUCAACAACUCUGUGACUCGAAGUCAUGGCGGCGACUCCGGAGCGGUCGGUCAAGCUCAACCCGCUCAACGAAGAGUGGAAGAAGCUGUGCGACGUUUUGGACCGAAGCCCCGGCAAUGGAUGGCGAAGACUCGGAGAGAUUGUGGCACAGGACCGGCGCUUCAGACUCAGUGCAGACAACUUGGAGAUGUGCUCUCUGAAGGUCCUGCAGCCCGACGGCAGUCCGAGCCGCAUGCUGCUGAUGAUGCUAGCGGAGCGAGGCUGCACAUGCGGACAGCUGAUGGACUUCCUUCGCGCACUGGCCAACGCGGAGGCCCUCCACUGCCUCCAAGCGCUGGCCUUGCAGAUCAUCACCCAGCCACAAUCGGUGUCGCUGCUGUGUGGGCACAACUUGCACCUCAGCUGCCAAGCUGUUGGCCAUUCGCCAGUGCAGUACCAGUGGUUCAAGUCCAAGGAGGAGGUGCCAAACGGCUCCACGGCUGACUUGGCUAUCAACGGCGUCCACGUGAAGGACGGCGGCUUCUACAUCUGCCGUGUCAACUGCGGCGAAUCCUUCCAGUUCAGUCAGUGGGCUCAAGUGGACGUCCUGGACGUGUCCGUGUCGAGCGGCUACGCCCGCCAGUCUUCGGAUGAUAAUCUGGAGGUGGCCCUCCAGCCUCGCCCGCAGCGGCUGCUGGCCGGCGCCGCCCUACAGUUGGAGUGCGGCGCAGCGGGCUGCCCCAUCCCUCACUAUCAGUGGCACUGUGACGGCGUGCCUCUUCCAGGUGCCACCAGGAGGAAACUCACCAUCCCAAACGCCACACAGGACCACCAGGGAAAGUACCGCUGCGGGAUCAUCAGUGGAGGCGAGAGGACGUGGACCAGCGAGGUGGAGGUCUUGAUCGCUCCAAGUGCGCCGGUCCAGAUUUCAGGACCAAUGGAGUGCUCCGAAGAUGACCUUUAUGCCAUUGGAGGAGGUUCCACCGAUUUCCUCCUAAACAGUGUACCUGAGCAACUACAUGCAGCGGACAAGGUCGCCCUGCUGAUAGGCAACCUGUCCUACCAGAACCACCCGCAACUCAAAGCCCCCAUGGUGGACGUAUACGACCUCACCAACGUGUUACGGCAGCUGGACUUCAAGGUGGUCUCCCUGCUGGACCUCACCGAGUUGGAAAUGCGCAACGCCGUCCACGAGUUCCUGCUGCUGCUCCACAAAGGGGUCUACGGCUUGCUGUAUUACGCCGGCCACGGCUACGAAAACUACGGCAACAGCUUUAUGGUCCCGGUGGACGCACCCAAUCCGUACCGCUCGGCCGACUGCUUGUGCGUGCAGAGCAUCCUCAAGCUGAUGCAGGAGAAGGAGACGGGCCUCAACGUCUUCCUGCUUGACAUGUGCAGGAAGAGGAAUGUCCAUGACGAAAGCACGCACAAUGUCAUCUUGAGGGUGACCGCUAACAUUGUCUUUGGAUACGCCACGUGCCAAGAUGCUGAAGCUUUUGAGCUGAGCUCCAGCGAUUUCACCAACGGCGUCUUUGUCAAGUUCUUGAAGAAACGCCUGCUGGAUGACGAGAAGAUCACCGUGGUGCUGGACAGAGUCGCCGAGGACAUGGGCCAGUUUGACGCCACCAGGGGUAAGCAGGCGCUGGAGAUCCGCAGCAGCCUGUCCGAGCGGCGGGCCCUGACCGACCCGGUGCUGCCCGGUGCCGCCGACCUCCCCCACAGUCAACAGUGGGCCAAAGCCCACGAGCUUCCAGAGAGCAUGUACGUGGACUUUGAGUGCGGCGCUCAGAUCAAGUUGGGCUUCGCUGCCGAGUUCUCCAACGUUCUGGUUGUUUACACGCACAUCGUCAGGAAGCCCGCCGAACUCUCUACGUGUCAGGCGCACGUCACCGACUUCCCUCAGGAGCUGGACGUGGACCCAAAGGCAAUGAACCGGAGCACCCCGGAGGACACUGGUGUCUACCUGCUGUCCAGCCACCUGCCGCAUCAUUGUCUCUACACCAGACUGUGCUCACUACAGAAGCUCAAGGAUGAUCUGGUGUUCACCGCGUGCCUGCGGGGCGCCUCGGCAGCCAUGGACGCCGACGACAGUGUCUCUUGGACUGAGAACGUCAACAUCGGCAAGCCGCUGAUCGCCCGCCUGGACUUGCAUCAAGCCACGCGGCAGAACAGCUGCCUGCUGACGUGCCCCAUGCCCCACAGCCCCACGGCCCACUACAAGCAUCCGGACCAGGACCGCAGCCACCAGCAUCACCGCCUUGACGUUUCCGUGGGUGGGCGGACGGUGGCCGAAGGUGUGGCGGCCUACGGUUCCAGCAUCCCUAUCGAGGCUAGCGACGACGUGGAUGAGCUGCAUACAGCGUUCAUCGAAAGCCUGCAGCUCCAGCGGUCCUGAUUCGCUGGACCAGCAUGAAAUAUUAGCUCGCACACUCAACAUUAAAAUGUCAGCCUGUGGGACGUGCCCCUCCCUCUCCGGCGACAGAGCAGCCUGACUCGAACGGCCGCGGGCUGUGAGCUGACAUCACGGCGGAGGCGUCAC